AUGUCUAUUGUAAGAAAACUUGUUUCGCAAAACAAAAUUCGUUUCGUAGAUUCACAAGGAGAGACUGAUCUUGAUUUAGCAUAUAUUACUCAAAGAAUUAUUGCCAUGGGAUUUCCUUCUUCCGGAAUAGCUGCAACGUAUCGCAAUCCACAAACAGCAGUAGCAGAAUAUUUCGAUACGACACAUCCAGGUCAUUACAAAAUAUUUAAUUUAGCUGAAGAGCCUUAUGAUCAGAGUAAAUUCUCUGGUCCUAUAGAACAUUGUCCGUUUCCUGAUCACCACUCUCCUCCGAUACCGCUAAUGCUUUCAAUUUUAAAGCAUGCUACGGAAUGGCUCGAUGCAGAUAAACAAAACGUUGUAGCAAUUCAUUGUAUUGCAGGAAUGGGGCGCACAGGAACAAUUAUAUCUAGUUUAAUGCUAUUCUUAGGAAUUCAUGAGAAAGCUGAAGAUUCACUCUCCCAUUUUGCGAACGUCAGAACUGGAGGACAAGUUGGCGUAAAGAACCCUUGCCAGCUACGAUAUGUUAAAUACGCUGAAGAGCUCCUUCGAAUGGCUAACGAGGGAGGCUAUGACAAAUUUAAAUGCCCAGAACUUCCAGAAAGAAAAUUAAAAACAAUUACCUUCCAAAAUAUGUAUACAAAACCAAAGAAUAUUUAUAUUACAAUACAAAACAGCGAAUGGGACGUCAUUUACAACUCUGCUUGGGUCUUAGAUCCGACAGAUAAGGCAUCUAAAGAAUUUUCUUACGAUUUGGGGGUAAAUAUCAAAGGAGAUUUUAUAAUGAAUGUAUACGAAGUCAAAAAAGGACUUGUUUCUAGCUCUGCAAAAUGCAAAUUGUAUUUUACCAUGACUACGUUGUUUAUUCAUGAUGAUACUAUUAUUGUUCCACGAAAUCUAAUAGAUGGAACUGAUAAGGAUAAGAAUUUCGAAAAAUAUACCCCAGAUUUCCAGGUUAUUUUUGAAUUUCAGUCAACUGGUGAAUUUAAUAAAGUUCACUGCUUAGAGUAUUAA